GUGCGUGUUCGUUCGUCUUGUGCUUCGGCUUUGGCAUCGGCAUCGGCAUCGGCUCCCCCACGAACAGCAGACAGCGCGUUGGCAGACGGCAGUUCUAGUCUCAGCUGCGCUGGAGCCCGUCAGUUGCGUUUCUGUGUUUCACGGUCGCGCACACACAAGUCGCGCUUAAAAGCUCCCAGAGAGCACAACGCAAUCGUUCUCUCGCUCUCCCGGUGGAUAUUCGCUCUCACAACACACAGUGCGGCUUCGGAUUCGCAAUGAAAAGCGUCUGUGUUCGCAUUGGUUCUUUGGAGAGCGUAGAAAAGCUGUGGCUAAGCUUAAGUGCAGAAAAAGGUGUCAACGUCAACGCAAACAAGCGCAAAGUGCUAUUCCCAGUUACCGCUGCCCGAGUGCAUGUGAUUCAAUAGAAUGUGCUACUUUAUUUUGACAGUAAACUGUUAAUUGCUAACAAAUCACGGUGUGUGUCUGUGUAGUUGCUGACUAUGACAGCCACAGUAAUAAACAGCAAUAACAAUAACAAUAACAAGAGCAAAUCCUAAUUCAAACAAACAAUCAACAACAACAACAACAAAAAACGCCAUAUACAACAUAGAAAUAAACAUUUAAACUGAACGCUUCAAAUUAACGCUAACUAUUUAUCAUGGAUAUGGAUAUAAAGGCGUCUAAACGCGCCGAAAUUGAACAGUUUUUAUUAGAUGUGCGUGCUCAUUUUCGUGCCUCGCUGGAGACAUCGGAGUAUGAGAACACCUCGAAUCUGUUCCAUGUGACAGCCGCUGAGCAGACGCAGGAGUUGUUGGACAGAUGUGAGCAGCUGCUCUUGGGUUAUGGGGCAGACGAGCAGGCGGCAACGAUGACGAUCGUUAAAUCGAAUGGCUGUAGCGACUUCUCGGAUAGCAAAGUGGGCGACGAGACCGGUUGCUAUCUGGAGAUGUUGUCCUCCCCAGCAGCAACAGCAGCAACAACUACAACAGCAACAUCUUCUUCAUCGAGGAACUCGCUGUCCGCCUCGCGGGAGUACAUCGAUCUGAGCAGCAAUCCUUCGCUCAACAGUGAUAAGACCUUCCGCUGUUCCAACACACAGCAACUGGAGACAACUGAAGAUCAACAGCAGCAGCAACAAGAACAACAGCAACAGGAGCAGGAACAACAAUUGUAUGACAUUUGCCAGCAUCAGGGAGAGGAGGAAACACAACAGGUCUUUGCCCAUGAGCUCUUCAUCAAUUGCCCGUAUGCUGAUCUUCCAGCUGGCCACUUGGCACUGCAGCGUUCCACAAAAUAUGGACAAUUGCAGCGCAUUGAGAAGCGUUUGUUUUUCGAUCAGAGCAAGAAGUAUUAUUGUGGCAUCUUGAAUGACUGGAUGCUGUGCUAUGCCGAUGGUCCGACUGCCUGUCGUCCAAGCAGUAGCCUCUACCUAAAGAGCUCGGCCAUUGAGAUCGAGCACUUUGGUGAGGGCAAACGUCGUGAGAUUUGCUUUCAAAUCACCACAGCCGAUCCGGGCAAGAAGUUUGUGUAUCAGGCAAACAACGAAGUCGAUGCCAAAGAGUGGAUCCAUGCCAUUGAGGCGGCCAUACGUGGUGAUGCCAUUGCUCAGGCAUCGCUCAAAAUGCUACGCAAGCUGCCCACACCGCCGACGAUGAAGAAGAGCAGCUUCAGCUCAGUUGGAGCAGCCACAGUCACUUCCCCGACAGACAGCAUUUAUGAGGAGCCAUCGCCAAUUUAUAAUUUUGGGGAGAUGCCACCACGAUUGCCGGAGAAGUGCAACAGUCCCAGCGCCUUGGCCAAACGUUUUGAAUAUGAUAUACCAAAGUGUCCACCACAGCCGUUGGUUGUGCCGGAUGAGAGGAGCGCUGAAGAGGUGGAGACCGCAGAGCUGCUCAAUGCUGGUGACCUGAAGCCAAUGCCACAAUCAUCCAGUUUGCAUGGCAAUCUGGCCUUAGACUUUCAGGCCAAGGUGAAGACGGUGCACAGCGAGCUGUCUAGUCAACUGACGAGCCCGGAGCGUCUCAAGAAGGCUGUCAAGAAGAGCUACUCCAGCGGCAACAGCGAUACAGAAAUGCUUUCGUUAACCAACGCUAAUCCCCAACUGAAUCUCACACCCAAGGAGCAGAAGAAACAACGCAAAUCGCAGACACCGCAGACGAGUCCACAGAAGACUCCCAGCAAAGAUUGUGAUAAGUUGGCCAGAAAUUGGUUUCUCAGUCGCCUGAACAAGUCCAGCUCCGGUCUAAGCACACGCUCCUCCUCGGCCUCCUCCUCUGCCACAAGUGCCACGAGUAAUGCCACAAGCACACCAUCAAAUGCCAAGUGUAAACAGAGCGAAAAGGAGAAUCUUCUAAAUGGUCUGGAUCUCUGCGAUGGCAGCUACGAUGCUGCACUAAACGAUCAACAGCCAAGCAGCAAUCCAACAUCGCCCUGCCUCAAAGCGGAGGCGAAGAGCAAGGUGAACAUGAUCAUCAAUCAGUUUGAGAGCAGUGGACAUCUGUCGACCAUGUUCAGUGUGGAGGCAUUGGCGGCCAAUGCGUUGGCCUCCCUCACCUCCUUCUGUGAGAGCGAUAACUGCAACAACUAUGAACCCAUCAUGCCGCUUUCCACGCCACCCAGCAGCUUUCUCAAAAAGGUGUAACAAAGUCCUGAGCCCGAUCCCCUGCCUGAUCCUGUUCCCUUCCUGGAGCGAAGCAUUAGCACAUUAAUUAUCUAGGCUAGUGACAAAUUCAUAUAUUUUCAUGUUUAUCCUCAACAUUGACAUAAAAUUUUUUAAUAUCAAAACAUAA